AUCCUUCCUUGGGGGGUAAUAUGGGAGAACGGAGGGAGACAAAUGCGUUCGGUGAGCGGUGUCGGACAAGCGUCUCAAGUGUGCAACGUGCGCCGGUUGAGCAUCUUAGAUUCUGAUACCGGUGCGUAGGGCUGCUUUUAGCUACGCUUGGACGGCGAUCUGCGGACGGUUCCUGCGUAGCUGGUUUCUUAAACAGCGAUGAGACUUUGAUAAGAUAGAGCGCGUACUAAUGCCGCGCGUGGGAGUGGCGAGGCUGCGGCGCGGACGGUGGAGUGGAAGUUGAGGACGUAUGGAGCAGCUCUAAGUUGAUUCUGAUGACACAGAGCCGCCGACUUCAAUCCGAUGACAGUAGAGAGGCAGUGCAAGCUCCUUGUGAGGGCAAAGUCGACGAUGCGGUUCCGAGGCGGUUGCAGCAGGUGGAUGCCGAAUUGGGGUUGGAGACGCCGGAAUCUGAUACGCAGGGGGCUUCCAAACACAGCACGUUUGGGCCAACGGAGUCGCGACAGCACAGCACAGAGGCAGGGGAAGGAGCAACGUUCAACGAUGUGGUGGAGAGGUGGCUCCUCACGGGCAAGCGAGGGUUCAAAAGACCCCGGGGGAUUCCCGUCGCAUCUGUACGGGCUGGCAGGCCGCCGCUGGCGUGGUGCAAGAGGGCGCCAGUGGUGCGCGGAGAACAGCGAGGGACAGCGAGGGACAGCGAGUCCUCUCUCGAGCUUCUCCAUGCCGAGCCUCGCACGACAGGCGAGCCAAUGCUUGCCGAUGUCGAAGCGCUGGGGGACGAGCCGAGUGGUGCCGCCGUCGCGCAGCCCGCACUGGCGUCAGCGGAAGCUAUUAAUGGAUUCGUUAAUGUCCUGGGCCGUCAACAGAGCGGCGGCGGCGGCCAUGUGCAGUCUCUCCAUCGUGAAGCCGUCUGCCGGCCCGUCCGUCUAGUCCGUUUCCGUCUGCGAAUGAGCGUUGAGAAGGACUGCUCGCGAUUGCGGCUGUUAGGGGUUCAGAAUUGCUCGUCAUCAGCAAAUCCAGAUCCUUCACCGCUCAGACAAAUAGGACUAUCGAAUAGUCUAUCGAGUACGCUUCUUUGCCUCGAGGCUACGAGGAUAUUUAGACGGCGCCUGCUGAGGACAAGUCUGAGACGGAAGGCAGUGCUCUGUUCUCAUAGCUUGACGUCAAUCGCCUGCCAGACCGCUUCUGAUCAAUCUGCGGGUGACGAUGGAGAUAUUUUCCACUCUGGAUAUAUCGUCGGUGACAAAGCCAGCGUCGUGGGGUGGCGCCGCUCAGACAGCGGACGCCUCAAAGGUGCUUCACCAGGGCCGGCUCCAAUCAGCGCCGGCUACCCCAUGGCGGCUGGUGUGACAGUGCGUCUCGGUCUGUGCGACGGGAGCAGAUCGCAGCGUGAUUCGUCCCGAGAUUUGAGGGCGGUUAAAUUCAUGCACCACCGCCCACGUCCUCCCUCUUUUCCUCAUCCGGCGCGUGCGCCCGGCGCCGUGGGCGUCCGAGAGUGCUCGCAUGAACCAAAAGCCCAUCAUGCCGCAAUCCUUGAGACU